AAUUGGAGAUAGAAUAUUUUAAAAUUCCCAUUGACACUGAAAAACGCGCUGCCCGUAAUUUACAACAAGGAGCCACAAUAGUCGACAAAUUUUGUGAAAAAUCGAUUCCCCUUAUUAAUGAAGCGAUAAGCAGAUUUAUCUCAGAAGUUAAAAUUCAAUACACUAGUAAUGGUCAAUAUGCUUACUGCGAGCCAUUUACGAACUACGAAAAUGGACAAUGGUAUCAAGAAUUUGUGAAACAAGGCUAUGCAUUACUAAACAAUGAAAAGAUUGUUAAUGCAAUGGAGAAACGACUAAAGAAACACUUUCCUCCUAUUAAAGUAAAAGCACAAAUUAGUGGCGGUACUGCAUAUUUGGUAAUUUCUGAUUUCUUUGACAUUAAUGCUCUCGCAGAUAGCCUUGAAUAA